AUGGUUGCCAAUUCCUUCAUUCUAUGGUCCCUCAUUCUUUCCACAGGUGGCCAUGGAGGUGAUGUGGUGAUAUAUGCUGAUGAGGAGGAAGAUACAUUGCUGGAGUUUCACAAGAAAGGGAGGUACAAUGCGAAGCGCGGCGGAAAUGUGGCUGCUAUGGGGGUUUUGACCUCCCAAUUGAGAGAUGGAGUUGCUGCCCCAAUUCUGCGCAUUCCUGUGCCUGUAGGUACUGUUGUGAAGCGGAAACGAGGGACGCUGUUGUGUGAUCUAGCCCAGCCAGGUGAUGAAAUCCUUGUAGCAAGGGGUGGACAAGGAGGGAUUAGCUUGGUAGAAAUGCCAGAGUGUAGCAAGAAAAAGUUGAUGGCUUUGACCACUAAUGUGAUGAGAGAUGAUAGUGAUAAGGGCCUUGGAUUACAAGUUGUGAAAUAUUUGGCUGCCAAAUAUGAAGAGCUAGGGUGUGAAGUGAAAUGGAUGGGCAAGUCUGAUAAGGUGAUCUAGUCACAUUGGUCUGGUUACCGCUGUUAACUUCACUUCAUGUGAACCUUUAGCUUAACAUAUUUCUCUUGCACUUGACUACCAAGAUGAAUUUUGAGCAAGGCUAAUUUUUGCUUUGAAGCAAAGUUUGGUGUAGAAAUUUUGUAGAUUGUUGCUCAUAUGUUUCUAGGCUAUCCUUUGUAGGUUUUGGGGUUUUCUUUUGUGACAUAUGUUCAAUCAUGAAUUUGGAAAGAAAAUUAAUGGAAAGCCCCAAUUUUUGGAUGAUUAUGAAAUG